AUGGAAACAAGAUGUGAGGCUAUGUUCAUACCUUCAACGGAUGCACAUGACACAAGUUAUUUUAUGAGUCGGUACAUAUGGAAUCCAGAAGAGGAGCAUGUUAAUGGGGGCAGUGACUUUGAUGACCUGACUGAUUCAUGCAGCAGUGGUUCAUAUAUUCAAGAUGAAGACGGGGAUGAGUGCGGCAGUUUGGCAGACUUCAGUGCUCCGGCCUUUGACGUGCAGUACUCAUUUAGUAACUUCUCAUUUAAGAACUUGUCUCAGCUGGCUUCCAUCAAUUACGAUCUUGUAGUGAAGACCAAGGAAUCACCAGACGCCUCCAAGUCAUCUGUUCCAUGACAAUAGAAAUUACGCUAUGAGCCUUUAACCCCCUCCAACCUACGAUCAGGUUACCAUCACAUCUUACCUGCCUGCAGAUAUAGUUUCUUGAAGAAAAUCUUCGACUUGAUUGGUUUUGUAAGUGCCUCAACUGUUCGGUGAAUAACAGUUGUUCUUCUAUCAGGCAAAGGUACUAUGAUCUUGAAUCUAGUCUAGUUAGUGUCUUCCACUUAUUUCGUUGUAUUUCAUUCGAUUGCAGACGAUCUUGUUUAGUUUUUCUCUCUCUUUUCAGUCUUAACCACGCUAGUUUCUUGUAUG